GCGCCGCGCGCGGCACGCCGGGACGCGGGGUUCCGGCCCACGUGACCCUCGCCCACGGAAGUGGCGUCACAGCGCGCGCGUGGCGCGGCGCCGCUUCCGCAAACAGAGUCUCCGGCGGCUGGACGUUGUAGCUCAUGAAGUUUUACCAUCUAUUUAAGUAAUCAAAAAUGGAAAAUUCUGCAAACGCAGAGGAAUGUGAAAAGGUCUCUCUUGAAGAGGCAAAAACAACAAUAGAUUCAGAAACAGAGUCUUCAUUCAGCAUUAAGGAAGACACGACCUCUCCUGGGACUGAGCUUUCCGAAAAGGCUCCCACGUGUGGGCAGGUAGACACCCCAAGAAAGAGAAAAAUAGAGUUUGAGGAUGAUCUUGUAAAGGAAAGUUAUAGUCGUGGGGAAGACACUUCAUCCAAGAAGAGAAAAGUUGGUGCUGAAAUCACCCCCGAGGAAAAAGUUUCUGGUGAUGAUGAAGGCAUUUCAAGGAAAACUGAUGGAUUUCCUCAAGAUGAGCCUUCUACUGGAGAUGGCAUUCAGAAACGGAGGAAAACAGAACUUGAGGAUGUUCCUGAAAAGCAAAAAAACUUGGAAGAAGGACACAGCUCAGCAGUGGCUGCGCACUACAAUGAACUCCAGGAAGUUGGUUUGGAGAAACGAAGCCAGAGUCGAAUUUUUUACCUAAGGAACUUUAAUAAUUGGAUGAAAAGUGUCCUCAUUGGGGAAUUUUUAGAAAAGGUGCGGCAGAAAAAAAAACGUGAUAUCACUGUUUUGGACCUGGGUUGUGGUAAAGGUGGCGAUUUGCUCAAGUGGAAAAAGGGAAGAAUUGACAAGCUGGUUUGCACUGACAUUGCUGACGUGUCUGUCAAGCAGUGUCAGCAGCGGUAUGAGGACAUGAGAAGCCGUUGUCGUGACAGUGAAUAUAUUUUCAAUGCAGAAUUUAUAACUGCUGACUGUUCAAAGGAACUUUUGGCUGAUAAAUUUUGUGACCCAGGAAUGCACUUUGACAUCUGCAGUUGUCAGUUUGUCUGCCAUUACUCGUUUGAGUCCUACGAACAGGCAGAUGUCAUGCUUAGAAACGCGUGUGAGAGACUGAACCCGGGAGGCUAUUUCAUUGGUACCACUCCCAAUGGCUUUGAAUUGAUAAGGCGCCUUGAAGCUUCAGAAACAGAAUCAUUCGGAAAUGAAAUAUACAUGGUGAAAUUUCAGAAGAAAGGAGAUUAUCCUUUAUUUGGCUGCAAAUACGACUUCAACUUGGAAGGUGUUGUGGAUGUCCCUGAAUUCUUGGUCUAUUUUCCGUUGCUAAAUGAGAUGGCGAAGAAGUACAACAUGAAGCUAGUCUACAAGAAAACAUUUCGGGAAUUCUAUGAAGAAAAAUUACGAACAAUGAAAACAGAAUGUUGUUAAAACCGAAUGCAGGCCUUAGAGCCAUAUCCUGCAAACGAGAAUUCCAAGCUUGCCUCUGAGAAGGUGGGUGACUAUGAACAUGCAGAGCAGUACGUGAAGAACAGUCAAGUAAGGUUACCUUUGGGAACCUUAAGUAGAUCAGAAUGGGAAGCUACAAGCAUUUACUUGGUUUUUGCAUUUGAGAAGCAGCAGUGAGCACGCACCACACGGUGGUACCAGAGCAGCCGUGUCCGUCUUGCACAGAUUUGGGUGGUCCACCUGCACAGAUCUGACAGCCGUGUUCGCCUUGGUUCUCGGUGUGCAGGGUGCUGCUGGAAACAGUGUAUAAAUCCGACAUUUGCUGUCUGUGACAGAUAAACUUUGUGUGUGUAUAUAAGAGUGAGUCAGGACCUUUGUCUUUAAAAAUCUAUUUUUAAGUGAUGUUCUAAGAAUUCCAUUUGCUGCCACUAUCUUAGCUCAUAAAAAUUAUAAAAUGACUCUUGAAAGCCA